AUGACGAACAAUUCCCAAUUCUGCACCGUCGCUCAAGACCGGCCUUCCGGUGGUCCAUACAAGCUCUGUUAUGAGCUCGCCGGCUCUGGGCCGAACAAGGUUCUUUUGGUGAUGGGCCUUAGCGGAACUCUCAGGGCGUGGGACUCUACGGUGAAGCAGCUGGUAGCUCGUGGAGGGUUUGAGAUCUGUACAUUCGACAACCGGGAUGCUGGGGAGUCGGACAAGCCGGGUCCUGGUUAUACCGUGAAAGAUAUGGCGAUGGAUGCCUACGAGUUGCUGCAACAUCUUGGAUGGAAGAACAAUGUGUUCUUGGCCGGUGUCUCCAUGGGCGGCAUGAUCUCGCAGGAACUUGUUCUUCUGGCCCCGAAAGACACAUUUGCGGCUGUCGUCUUCAUUUCCACGCAUGCGGGCAUGACCAUCCCUCCAGCAUUGGCAUUGUGGACUUUCUUCCAGAUUCUCUUCGUUCCUGGUGAACGGACCGAACUUCAGCAAAUGGAGAGCUUUGCCAGGUUGCUGUACCCGACAACAUGGUUAGCUGCUAAGGCUCCGGAAGGCAGUGGUUUCGCUACCAACCGAGACAUGAUCUACGAGAACUUGCGUGGAAUGACGAAAGCUAAGGGCGUCCAAUCGGAACUGUCUCGUAAAGGUCAAUUGGGCGCGAUCCAUAAGCAUUACGUCUCCAAAAGUCGCUUGAAUACCAUCGGAAAGCUCGGCAUACCUACCUUGGUCAUGGUCGGCACGGAGGACUCGAUCAUCCGUCCCUCAAACUCCCACCAUCUCGCGAAACACAUCGGGUGCCCAUUGGAAGUUUUCAAGGGAGCCGGACAUGUGCUCGCAACCGAGCAGCCUGAGCGGUUCCACAACCUUCUGGUGCAGACGUUUGCCAAGUCUCCGGCUUUCGUCGAUGAGGGUCCUAAGCCGAACGCAGAGGAGCUGAAGAAAGACGCUGAACUUUCGCCGCCGGCUCCAAGCUUGUGA